CAAUUUUUCUCUCGAGCUCCCUCCUCUCCCUUUGUCAUUCUAGCUGCCUGCUGCCUCCGCAGCGUCCCCCCAGCUCUCCCUGUGCUAACUGCCUGCGCCUUGGACAGAGCGGGUGCGCAAAUCAGAAGGAUUAGUUGGGACCUGCCUUGGCAACCCCAUGGCAUCCCCCAGAACCAUAACUAUUGUGGCCCUCUCAGUGGCCCUGGGACUCUUCUUUGUUUUCAUGGGGACUAUCAAGUUGACCCCCAGACUCAGCAAGGAUGCCUACAGUGAGAUGAAACGUGCUUACAAGAGCUAUGUUCGAGCCCUCCCUCUACUGAAGAAAAUGGGGAUCAAUUCCAUUCUCCUCCGAAAAAGCAUUGGUGCCCUUGAGGUGGCCUGUGGCAUCGUCAUGACCCUUGUGCCCGGGCGUCCCAAAGAUGUGGCCAACUUCUUCCUACUCUUGCUGGUGUUGGCUGUGCUCUUCUUCCACCAGCUGGUCGGUGAUCCUCUCAAACGCUACGCCCAUGCUCUGGUAUUUGGAAUCCUGCUCACCUGCCGCCUGCUGAUUGCCCGCAAGCCUGAAGACAGGUCUUCUGAGAAGAAGCCCUUGCCAGGGAAUGCUGAGGAGCAACCCUCCUUAUAUGAGAAGGCCCCUCAGGGCAAAGUGAAGGUGUCAUAGGAAAGUGGAAGUGCAAAGAGUGGACCUUCCAGGCAGUUGCGUCUACGACACCAGGAAGAUGUCAGUGUGUGUUUCUCAUUCGAUUUAUUUAUCUUGGGGAAGGAGAAAAAUGUAAACUGCAAGUUAAUGACCCUAUUGGCUUGUGUACAUCUAUAUGCUAAAAUGACUUCCCCACUUGACAUUUGUGCACCACCUGUAAUCACUCUGGGGCAACUCUCACAUCUUGCUGCAUGUACAUGUAUACGGCUACUAUUGAAGUGUAAUUGUGAGAUGGACUCCAGCAAGCAUGUGAUUGUGAGAUUGUGUGUGGGAAAAUGUAUUUAACUACUCUGUGUGUGUACACAUGCACAAACGCAUGUGCAGAGCAGGCUCUGAUCUUGAACUAAUCCUGCACAGGCAUC